AUGACAGACACCAGCUUCUUCAGCGACGGCCAGGCUCUCGUGGUUGACAGCCUGCAAGGGCUGGUCGAUGUCAGCCCCGAGCUCGUCUUCAACAAGACAAUCAAGACCAUCUCGAAUGCACACCACGACCCCUCCAAUCACGUUACUCUCAUUUCCGGUGGAGGUGCUGGCCACGAGCCGGCCCAUGCAGCCUUUGUUGGUCGCGGCCUGCUCAGCGCUGCUGUCUCAGGCAACAUUUUUGCCUCUCCGUCUGUUUCCCAAAUCGUCGAAGCUAUCCGCACAGUUGGUGGCAGCGCGGGCACAAUCCUGAUCGUGAAGAACUACACUGGUGACAUCUUCCACUUCCACCUUGCAGCCGAGAAGGCCAGAGCUCGAUGGGGCCACAGGGUUGAGGUCCUGGUGGUUGGGGAUGAUGUGGCGGUGGGGCGCCAACGCAGCGGCAAGGUUGGCCGACGAGGCCUGGCGGGCACAGUCCUUGUCCACAAGGUUCUUGGGUCCUUGUCUGCUCAGGGCAAGUCGAUCGACGAGCUGUUGAGCGUCGGCAAGCAGAUUGUGGAUGGUCUCGUAACCUGUGGUGUGUCCCAGGGACACGUUCACAUCCCUGGUACCGCCGUCGAUGCUGAUGCCGCAAAUGUCAAGGUCGAACUGGGCAUGGGUAUUCACAAUGAACCCGGAUGCCAGGUUCUCGACUCGAAGCCCAGUCUCGACAGCCUGUUGAACAGUAUGCUCGACUUGCUGCUCAAGACCGACGAUACUGAUCGGGCGUUCGUCAAUUUCGAUGAUGCCAAGAGCUCCGUGCUUCUCGUGAAUAAUUUGGGAGGCACGUCACAGCUCGAAUUGAGCGCAAUCACACGCCACACGGUUCAGAAGCUCAAUUCCCGGGGCAUUCAACCAACACGCAUCUUGUCCGGUACCUUGAUGACGAGCUUGGAUGCAUCGGGCUUCAGUGUUACCAUCCUCAAGGCCACAGACGAAAUCAUCGCCAGCCUCGACUCUCCGACAACGGCUAUCGGAUGGCCUCAAACGUACUCGGCUUUCAAGCCAUACACUGGCGAGCGUGUUCUCGAGUCCGCCUCUGAGAAGUCGUCAGACCACACUUCCAAGGCCUCUGGCCCAAAGUUGAUUCCUCAAGCAUUCAACUCCUCGGUCACACAAGCCUGCCAGGCCCUCCUCGCUGCCGAACCUCAAAUCACACAUGACGAUCGUAUUGUCGGAGACGGCGACUGCGGCGCGACGCUAUCCCGCGGCGCAAAUGCUGUGCUCAAGGUCCUCUCCGAGAACCCCGUCACAGAGUCGACCACGGCAGGCGCUGCUGUGAUGUCGAUUGCUCACGCAAUUGAAGAGAGCAUGGACGGUACAUCUGGUGCCCUGUACGAGCUCUUCUUCACCGCUUUUGCCGCGGCUUUGCAAAAUUCCUCCGGCGAGACUGUUAGCACAGAAGUUUGGAGUCAAGCCGCUGGCAGCGCCCUCGAGCGGCUCCAGGCCAUGACGCCUGCGAGAGUAGGCGAUCGCACAGUGAUGGAUGCUCUGAUUCCCUUCAUCGAUACCCUGCAAAAGGAAGGCGACUUGACGAAGGCGGUGGAGGCUGCUAGAACGGGCCGUGAUAGUACUAAGGGUAUGGAGGCGAGUCUUGGUAGGGCAGUCUAUGUUGCCGGUGAGAACUGGGGCAAGGUACCUGACCCUGGUGCUGAGGGCAUCGUUGCUAUUGUUGAGGGCAUUGCCAAGUUGGCUUCAUAA